AUGUGUGAAAAGUGGAUGGACUUAAAAGUAAGCUGCCCGGCAUUUGAUUGCGCAAACCAAGAAAUCACUUCAUGGGUUCAUGCUACGGAUGGGUAUACUAUGGAAAUAUCCACCAGAGCACGAGUUUACAAGGCGACAAGCUAUGAUUCAUUUACAAAAGCAUUGAACAUGGCUUUUAAAGUCUCAGGAGACAAACAAGUGAUGAAAGAAUUGUUACAAUAUUUGUUCGAUAAUGAAUGGUGA